AUGGACAGGUACCUGCUACAGCUUCAGAGACGUGAUGCUCAGUCACGCACAGCAAAUGACACCGUCGCUGAACUCUCACAAGUAGCUCUACUCAAACGCCAACUUGAAGAACAGCGUGAAGUCAGUCGUAAGCUUCAGCAAGCGACUACUCGACUGAGUAGCUUGCUCAAGGCAGAGACGCGCAAGACGGAAGAGUACAAGCAGACUGCACAGGACAAGAAUACCUCGAUUCAGACGCUGCAGGAUGAGCUCUUUACUAGCCAGCUAGAAUUGACACAAGCAGAAGCACAAGUCACGGCGUUACGUGCAGAGAACGAUGCUCUGGUAGCACGCUGGAUUGAACGCGUCAACAUCGAAGCACAGUCGUCAUGA